AGUACUGUAGCAUAUUUUCGCUGGAAAUGGUGUCUGUCGAGCUGCUGCUGACUUUCUUAUCGUUGGUGCUGAGCCGCCAGGGAUUGGCCCAGCUCCUGCAUGAAAGCUGUGAUAGCCAGGCUGAACUUGUCUUUACAUUUUCUCGACCACUCACAACUUCUUGGAUGGCAAGCAUAUACAAUAACACGGCAUUUAUUUGUGGUGGAACGCUCGUUCACAAACGCUUCGUCCUAACAGCUGCGCACUGCUUAAUAGAACAGAAAACAUUGUUCGUGAACUUGGGGGAGUACAACAGAUUGCAACGCAGGGGAGUGGAACGGUACAGAGUUACCAAUCGUAUAGUGCACUUCCAAUAUAAUGCAGACACUUACACGAGCGACAUAGGUCUGGUAAAACUGGACCGUGAAGUUAUAUUCACUGCCUACAUUCGUCCGAUCUGCAUAAUCUUGGAAAACAAGCGCAGCUUAGCGAAAGAGUUAGAGGCAGUGCAAAGCUUGUCAGCCUACGGCUGGGGUUUGACUAACAGUUCAGGGUCGACGAGCCCAGUGUUGCAGACUAUAAAUUUGACCAGGUUGGACAUGGACGAAUGCUACGGCCAUUAUUACGGAAAUCAGAUCUGCGCUGGCACCCGUGGUGGCGACAUUUGCGAUGGCGACUCCGGCGGGCCGUUGGCGGCAUAUUUCAUGUAUCGGGGAAUCGAACGAUACGUGCAGUUUGGGAUCGUAAGCCUCGGCAGCAAACUUUGCGAUUCGUAUAGCGUCCACACGGAUGUGAUGGAUUUUAGCAGGUGGAUAUCUGAUGCAGUGCGCGAAUUUGAAUGAAAAUAAAGAUUGAAGCAAGGUUUUAAAAAUUAAUAAAGCAACAAACUUGUAAGACUGU